CUUUUCACCAUGCUUUCAUUCCAGAGAGACAGCCACAACGUGAAAGAAUAAGAAGAGAAAGAGAGAGAAGGAUCUCUUUCAGCUUCAAUCUGUAACGUCAACUCGACAAAUACGAUUUCUUUUUAAUACAGAAAUCAUCUGAUUUACUUACGACUGUUGACAUCCUGAAAUUAUCCUUAAUUUCUUCUUACGUGGCACCUUUUUCUGUUGUGUGAGAAAUAUUCUUGAGAUCUCGCGUCACGUGAGAUUCAAAAUGAAUUGGACAUUCUUAAAGCGACGUGCUCGUUAAACAGAGCUGACAGCUGUUGAUGGAAGAGGUGACGAAUUAAUUGACUUUUAAAUCUCGGCUUCUGCAAACAUUGAGUCUGACAAACAAAUCGCGUGGCGAGAUGUCGUCGCACAUUAACGGAUUGGAGAUGGAGCGAAACGCCGGGUUUGUCGACAUGCUGGAGUACAGACGGAGAGAUUGUGACUUCUUGUGGGCGACGCGUUCCAUGGAGCCGAUGUUACCGCACAUGCUGCCACCGGAGUCGGUCUACGACAGGGAGAAGAUCAUGCAGGCUGUCCUGCAGGACAAACAGGUCAGAGUUGCCAUCGACACGAUAGCAAGGACGGCGGGUGUUGGAGUUAAGGAUGUCGAAAGCCGUGCUCGUGCUGUAAUAAACGAGAUGGCUAGUAAAGCGGAUUUGGCGACGGUCCGUUGGCUAGGUAUCUUCAUUACAAAAGCUAUGAAGAGGAUGUUCUCGAAGAUUUAUAUAAAUGAAAGCACACUUUUUGACUUGAAGAAGGAAACGCGAAUAUCUCAAGUGCAGUAUAUCUAUGUGCCAUCGCACAGAAGCUAUCUGGAUUUUAUUCUGUUGUCGUACAUUCUCUUUUCUUAUGACAUGGCAUUACCGAACAUCGCGGCUGGCAUGGAUUUUUAUAAUAUGAAAAUAGUGGGAGAGUUGCUGCGCAAAACGGGAGCAUUUUAUAUACGACGUAGUUUCUCGAAUGACUUAUUAUACAAGCAAAUUUUUCGAGCGUACAUCAACACCAUCGUUAGUCAUAGUGACAGAGCGAUAGAAUUCUUUGUCGAGGGUACACGGAGUCGUAGUCAGAAGAGCACAAUGCCGAAAUAUGGUCUUCUGUCCAUUAUUGUAGAAAGUUUGCUUCAAGGCGACGUACCUGACAUACAUUUUGUACCUAUGAGUAUUAAUUACGAACGACCGCCGGAAGAAUUAUUAUUUGUUUACGAGAUGCUGGGAGUCCCGAAGCCGAAAGAGAGUACGGCUGGACUCUUCCGGUCGCUUUCCGUUCUACAAAAACCUUUCGCUCACGGACGCAUUUUCUUUAACAUUGGGGAACCAAUAUCUGCCAGUCAAUUUGUGGACAAGUCAUAUCGCCAGAGGAAAGUUUUACAACCAUCUUUCAAAAUUCCAUCGUCCGUUGUGGAGAAUAUAGCCUAUCUUAUAAUAGAAUCACAUAAGAGAAAUAUUGUACUUAUGCCAAUUAAUAUCAUCGCUUUAUUGCUCAAUGAAAGAAUUCAGACGAAACCAAGAGAGUUAUAUACGCUCGAUGUGUUGGUCCAAGAUUAUCAAUGGUUUAAAAGCUUUGUUACCAAGUCAUUGAAAGCCUUGAUGUAUGAAACUGAAACAAUACACUAUGCUUGUUGCAGUACCGAUAAGAUCAAACAAGAAAUAUUGGAAUCUUUAAAACCACAUGAUGAAUUAAUAGUCCUCGAUUCGAACACGUUAAAAAUCAAACAGAGGCAUAAAGGAGUGAAACGAAUAAAUUAUUCAAAUAUCAAGGGAUAUCCUUUAUCCGAACAGACUCUGCAAAUGGCAGUAUCUGCUAUUAAUAUUUCAAUUUAUAUCAAUCCAACCUUGGCUUUUCUUGCAGAGACAACUUUCAUUACUGCAACAAUAGGACAGAAUGGCACUCAAACCGAAGUAGCUUUGGAAAGAUAUCAACUAUUAAGAAAACUGCUCAGCACAGAAUUCGUGAUGCGUCCAAUUGAAGACAAAACUUUAAUUAAAACGGAAUGGGAAAGAUCACUGAGUAUAUUGCUAUCACAGGACUGUUUAUAUGUGGCAAAUGACUCAAUUUUUGUAGGAAAUAACAUUAAACUGUUUUCUAUCUUGCAUAACGUUAUAUUACCUUUCAUAGACAUUAUAUACGUGAUGUGUAUCUUAUUAUCUGAGUGGACUAAAAGAACGUCGGUAGAACUCACGGAUCGGACGAUUCUUGUUGAAACGCAAAAAGAAGUGGAAAGAUUAAUAUUUGAGACCAAGGAUUGGUGCCAACAUCCCUAUUGUUUAUCUCUCGAUCUGUGCAACACAUCGUGGUCUAGUUUAUUAUCGCAAGGUAUCAUUAUACACCAGAAACAUACCAAUACGUAUCAAACGGAUAAAAUGAAAUUGACAUAUCUCAUUGGUGCGUUGCGUGAAUUGCCCUUACAACAUCCCACGAUAACUUACGUUGAUGCGUUUCCUUUAAUUAUUUCAACGCCAUCGAUAGAUGUACAAGCUAAGUUGUAACAGUUUAUGU